AUGAUUUUUGAGAAUGCUAUAGAGUUUCGGAAAGCAUUAGCAAAUUAUGCAAUUGAGUACAAGGUGCAGAUUAAAUUGAGACCAAAUGAACCACAUAGGGUGAGGGCUAAGUGUAAAUCAAAGAGAUGCAAAUGGGUGUGUUAUGCUUGUAUUGAUAGAGAUUCAGGUGAUUUUAAAGUAAAUAACUACUACCCAGUACACAAAUGUGAUACUUCAAACAAGAAUAAGUUAUGCACUUCAAAGUUUGUUGCAAAGAAAUUCAAAGAUGAAAUAACUAAGCAACCCCACAAAAGGAUAUGGGAAAUACAGGAGUUGUGUAGGGACAAGCUAGGAUUGUAUGUUGGCAAGACAAUUUGUUAUAGGGCUAAGUUGCGUGUUUUCAGAGAGUCCAUGAGUGAUUGGAAUAUGGAGUUUGCAAGGUUAUGUGAUUAUGCUGAUAUGAUAAAACAGACCAAUCCUGGUAGCUCAUGUUGGAAAGGUUGGUUAGAAGGAUGUAGGAGAAUCAUAGGUUUUAAUGGUUGUUUCUUAAAGGGUGCUUGUAAAGGUGAGCUCCUAGUUAUUGUUGACAAGAAUGGAAAUCAACAAAUGUUUCCUAUAGCAUGGGCAGUUGUGGACCAUGAGACAAAACAUAGCUGGAGUUUUUUCAUCAACUACUUGAAAGAUGAUUUGCAAUUGGGAACUGGAGAAGGAUUGACUGUGAUGGAAGAUAUGCAAAAGGGAUUUGCUGCAGCUUUGAAUGAAGUUUUACCUAAUGCUGAAUUUAGGAUGUGUGCCAGGCAUAUCUGGUCUAAUUGGCAUAAGAAAUGGAAAGAAGAGGAAAAGAGAAAAUAA